UUCGCUUUGUUAGCAGAAACACUGCGAUGGUGUUAGCGCUACAUUCAGACGCGCCCGACAUUUGAAUUUAAUACCGAUAGAUUUGACCUAUCUGUUUCGUAGACUCGUGUCUCUCUUUAUCGAGCGAACGCCAAAGAUCAAAAAGAAGACCAAACGUGAUCAGUGGCGUCUGAUAUAUGUAUAUGUAACCCGAAGCUAGCUAUUUAGCUUAGCAAGUAUCGAGACGUCCCUUGGUCGCUUAUCUAGAGAAAACAGUGGGAGCGUAGUUAGCUAGCUAGCAUAUGUUAUAUUGUAGCUUCCACUUCGGAUCCCUUCGUCGAAUUUAUCGUCAAGUGCAAGUCUGUGUCUCUUGUUAAUUUUCUUCGAACCGUAUAUUUAGUCACACUGACGACCACUGUACAAGACUCGAAGACUGAAGGGGAGAUGGCGUCUUCAGUGGGAAACGUGGCUGAUAGCACAGGGUUGGCAGAGUUGGCGCACCGCGAGUAUCAGUCGGGCGACUUUGAGGCGGCAGAGCGGCACUGCAUGCAGCUGUGGAGACAGGAACCCGACAAUACCGGGGUUCUGCUGCUGCUCUCCUCCAUCCACUUCCAGUGCCGUAGGCUCGACAGGUCAGCUCACUUCAGCACUCUGGCCAUCAAGCAGAACCCCAUGCUGGCGGAGGCCUACUCUAACCUGGGCAACGUGUACAAGGAACGGGGCCAGCUGCAGGAGGCCAUCGAGCAUUACCGCCACGCCCUUCGUCUCAAACCCGACUUCAUCGACGGAUACAUCAACCUGGCCGCGGCGCUGGUGGCGGCGGGGGACAUGGAGGGAGCCGUGCAGGCCUACGUGUCUGCCUUACAGUAUAACCCUGAUUUGUAUUGUGUUCGCAGCGACCUGGGAAACUUGCUCAAAGCGCUAGGGCGCUUGGAAGAGGCUAAGGCUUGUUAUCUGAAGGCUAUUGAGACGCAGCCUAACUUUGCCGUGGCCUGGAGCAACCUGGGCUGUGUGUUCAAUGCCCAGGGAGAGAUCUGGUUGGCCAUCCACCAUUUUGAGAAGGCCGUGACAUUGGACCCAAACUUCUUGGAUGCGUACAUCAACUUGGGCAACGUUCUGAAAGAAGCCCGCAUUUUUGACAGGGCUGUUGCUGGUUACCUCCGCGCCCUGAGCCUGAGUCCCAACCAUGCUGUCGUCCACGGCAACCUGGCGUGCGUUUACUACGAACAGGGCCUGAUCGACCUGGCCAUCGACACUUACCGCCGUGCCAUUGAGCUCCAGCCUCACUUCCCCGAUGCCUAUUGUAACCUUGCCAAUGCCCUGAAGGAGAAGGGAAAUGUGUCUGAGGCUGAAGAAUGCUACAACACUGCCUUGCGCUUGUGUCCCACACACGCCGACUCCCUCAACAACCUUGCCAACAUCAAACGGGAGCAGGGGAACAUCGAAGAGGCUGUGCAGCUCUACAGAAAAGCCCUGGAGGUGUUCCCUGAGUUUGCUGCAGCCCACUCUAAUCUUGCCAGUGUCCUUCAGCAGCAGGGCAAGCUGCAGGAGGCUCUCAUGCACUAUAAGGAGGCCAUUCGAAUCAGCCCCACGUUUGCCGACGCCUACUCUAACAUGGGCAACACGCUGAAGGAAAUGCAGGAUGUGCAGGGGGCUCUUCAGUGCUACACACGCGCCAUUCAGAUAAACCCCGCCUUCGCCGACGCCCACAGCAACCUCGCCUCUAUACACAAGGACUCCGGGAACAUUCCAGAAGCUAUUGCAUCUUACCGCACAGCCCUGAAGCUCAAGCCCGAUUUCCCCGACGCUUACUGUAAUCUGGCCCACUGUCUCCAGAUCGUGUGCGACUGGACGGACUAUGACGAGCGCAUGAAGAAGCUGGUGAGCAUCGUGGCCGACCAGCUGGACAAGAACAGACUGCCCUCAGUGCACCCUCACCACAGCAUGCUCUACCCUCUGUCUCACAGCUUCCGCAAAGCCAUCGCCGAGAGACACGGCAACCUGUGCCUGGACAAGAUCAAUGCCUUGCACAAACCUCCCUAUGAGCAUCCUAAAGACCUGAAGUCCAGCGGAGGGCGUCUGCGUGUGGGUUACGUCAGCUCGGAUUUUGGCAACCACCCCACCUCUCACCUCAUGCAGUCUAUCCCCGGCAUGCACAACUCUGAGAAGUUUGAGGUUUUCUGCUACGCCUUGAGCCCAGACGACAGCACCAACUUCAGAGUCAAAGUCAUGGCUGAGGCUCAUCACUUUAUCGACCUGUCCCAGAUCCCCUGUAACGGGAAGGCUGCCGACAGAAUCCACCAGGACGGGGUCCACAUCCUGGUCAACAUGAACGGCUACACCAAGGGCGCACGCAACGAGCUCUUCGCCCUGCGGCCAGCUCCCAUUCAGGCGAUGUGGCUGGGCUAUCCCGGCACCAGCGGCGCCCCCUUCAUGGACUACAUCAUCUCGGAUAAGGAGACGUCUCCCGUCGAGCUGAGCGAGCAGUACUCUGAGAAACUGGCCUACAUGCCCAACACCUUCUUCAUCGGAGACCACGCCAACAUGUUCCCCCACCUCAAGAAAAAAGCAGUGAUCGACUUCAAGUCGAACGGACACAUCUUCGACAAUCGUAUCGUGCUAAAUGGAAUCGACCUCAAAGCUUUCUUGGACAGCCUGCCGGACGUCAAAGUGAUCAAGAUGGAGUGUGAGAACCAGGAGGGCUCAGAUGGUAACGGAGCUCUGUCCAUGCCAGUCAUCCCCAUGAACACUGCCGCUGAAGCCAUCAUUAACAUGAUAAACCAGGGUCAGAUCCAGGUCACCAUCAACGGCUUCACCGUCAGCAACGGCCUGGCCACCACGCAGAUCAACAACAAAGCCGCCACGGGCGAGGAAGUUCCUCGAACGAUUGUCGUGACCACUCGCUCUCAGUACGGCCUCCCUGAGGAUUCCAUCGUUUACUGCAACUUCAAUCAGCUCUACAAGAUUGACCCGCCCACCCUGCAGAUGUGGGCCAAUAUCCUGAAGCGUGUGCCCAACAGCGUGCUUUGGCUGCUGCGUUUCCCUGCCGUGGGUGAACCCAACAUUCAGCAGUACGCUCAGAACAUGGGCCUCCCCGCAUCUCGGAUCAUCUUCUCCCCCGUGGCUCCCAAAGAGGAGCACGUUAGGCGCGGCCAGUUGGCCGACGUGUGCCUGGACACGCCCCUCUGUAACGGCCACACCACGGGCAUGGACGUCCUCUGGGCUGGCACCCCCAUGGUCACCAUGCCAGGUGAGACACUUGCGUCCCGCGUGGCAGCGUCUCAGCUGACGUGUCUUGGGUGCCCAGAGCUCAUCGCACAGAGUCGCCAGGGUUACGAGGAUGUGGCCGUGAAGCUGGGGACAGACAUGGAGUAUCUGAAGAAGAUCCGUGCCCGUGUGUGGAAGCAGCGCAUCUGCAGUCCCCUCUUUAACACCAAGCAGUACACCGUGGACCUGGAGAAGCUGUACCUGGAGAUGUGGGAGCACCACGCCAGCGGGGGCAAGCCCGAGCACCUGGUCAAACUGCCCGCCAUCGAGAGCAGCGAGAGCGCCUGAACUCUUGAGUCAGCCUCUUCUUCCCUGGCCCCGCCCCCCAACCCCCCCCCAGUCACCCGUCCCUCCCCACCGCUCUGCCUCAUCCUGAAAGUCGUCUAUUUAGCAUCAUCUAACCCCGCCUCCCCCCCCCCCCCCCCCCCCCCCCCCCACUCUGAGCCCAUCCCCCACCCCCACAUCUUCACCCAAAUCACAGAGACUCCAUGGAGCCUGCAGUUGUGCACCCAUCACCAUAGACUGAAAGUCUCUCUCUCUCUCUGUUUUGUUUCUGGAGCCAGAGAGGAGCUGUGGAUUGUUUUGGCUCCUCCACUGAGACUCUGAAUGAAACAUAUUCACGCUCGGCCCUGACGGCCUGGCUUUUUUUUGUUUUUGUUUUUGUUUUUUUCUUUUUCUUCUUUGUCUGUGUGUGGGAUCUAUAAGGGGACCUGAUGACCAGUGAGUCCCUUCCAAUGAAUUGUGAUUUUUUUUUCUCAUAAUUGGAAGAAGAGUUUUUAGUUGAAAGGGACAGUCGUGCAUCUCGGAGGAGGUAACAGGAACGUCACUGGAGUGAAUGAUCAGCUUUAACGUAUGCCUGUAUGAACUCUGUCCUGUUAAUCGACAGCCCAGCUUCUUUUCGGUAUUGUUUUGUUUUUGAUUCGUUUUCUCUCUUUUUUUUUUUUGACCUUUUUAGCAUAUUCAUGUCCUUUAAAAGAGAGGACAAAAAAAAAACCCCAGAUGCAUUGGAAUAUGACGAUCACAUUUGAGGACAUGCCAACGUUUUUCCAGUCUAAUAUCAAUGUUAGAUGUGAUUGAAUUGUUUGUCCCUCCCCCUCUGCUCUGUGUUGUCAGAGAACAGUGGAUGUAAAUGAGCUAGACACACACACACAGGAGCAUGUGGGCAGUAAAUGUGUAAAGGGCCUGCUUUUCCACCAUAGUACUGAUCCACUCGCAAAACUUUUGUUUGGAUUAUUUUUAGCAGGACAGCCUAGGUAAGUAUUUUCUAAGCCGUCUCUAUUUUGUACUUCUGUCUGUCUCUCUCUUAACCAUCGUAUUUAUGCUCUGUCAGUGGGUUUCCUGCAAGGCUCUUUACUAAAACCUGUUGAAAUAAAGAAAUGUGGCAAACUUUGAAA